GGGAAGCCUCAUGUCAUCCUCGCCCCUUCUUCCUGUUGCCUUCUCGGCCUCCUUCCCUUUAUUUAGAAAUAGCGUGUUAUCUAUUAUACAACCCAGGAAAGCAUUCUGAUCUCUGCCCUGUGACUUCACGCUCCUCCUCUUUCUAUAAAUACAAGGGCAGAGCUGAGAUUCAGGGAAGUCGGAGAGAGCCCGGAGUCCUCAGGCUGGUCCACCGUCUGUGCACCAGGAAGAUGAAGACCUCCAUAGCUGCCCUCCCCUUCCUCAUCCUCGCUGCCCAGGCUGCACGUGGUGAGUUCAAAGACAUGGUGUCAAACCUGAAGCUUGAACUCUCAAGGCCAGACCUGGAUCGACACUCCUUGUCUCACGGAGCAGGCUUUCACCGGCCCACGGACUGCUGCACGUCUUACACCCAAAGAAACAUCCGAUGUGUAUUCAUGGAAGGUUAUAUAGACACGAGCAGCGAGUGCUCCCAGCCAGCUGUCAUCUUCGUCACCAAGAAGGGGCAGCAUGUCUGCGCUGAUCCUAACAAUGAGCGAGUUCAGAAAUGCAAGUCGGAGCUGAGGCUGGGGUCAGCCGUAGAGGACCUGAGAUCGCUAUUGCUUGAGCCGGGGCGCCUGGAGCGGGGCCCCUCUGCUCCGUCUCUCUUGCCCCACAGUCCUCAUUGGAGGGCCCUGGCCUGAAUUACUUUUUUAAAAAGCAACAGUUACUGUUCUGUUCUGGUUACAAAAGCAACACAUUCAUCAAGAGUAUCCAAUUUGACUUCACUCAAACUUUUAGAGGGAAAAGAUUGUGUAGGAAUUGCUGAACUUUGGAUUCGUGUUGGGGGGGCGGGGGACGGGGUUUGGGGGGAGGGGGAGUCUAAACAAGACAUCAUAGUGUAAACUUUUUUAAGCCAAAAACAUGACCUUGAAAUACAGACUUAGUAUGUGUAUUUAACCCAUUAAUCACUAAACUGAUUCAAAGAUCAUCUGAGGAACAGAGGCUUAUAUAGUCAUAGGAGAUGGCAUUCUGAAAUGUUUGUUAGAGAAAAACAAAUACAAAUUCUAGACGGCAAUAAAUCUGUAACUUUGGGGAUUAUCUUUUCUACUAGACAGCAAUCUUAAAUAGAACACACACAAAAUCAUGCGGCCUCUACGACUCAGAGCAAAAGCAGUAUUUGAUAGGAGCCUGGGAUCAAACCUACCUGCUGAUCUUGGAGAGUCUCCUCAAGAGGAAGGAGUCAACUACAGCUCAUCCUGGGGACACAGACCCUGGCAACAACUGUCCUUGGGAACUCCUACUGCCAUAUAGACACCUUGCUGGCGGGCACCACUGUGGAAUCCUCCCUCUAGCUUAUUGCCCCUGGAUCCAGCCCUGCCUGGUCCAACAUCUUGUAGGAACCAGUGCUGGACUGUCUCACGCCAAGCAACUAACUGGGCAGGAACACAGCCUCCCUCACCAUCAGUAGACAGGCUGCCUUAAGAGCACACAGUAGACUCUGGACAUGACCCAACCCACCUAAAGGCCCAGAAUCCAGCUCCACCCACCAGUGGGCAACCCCACGGCUUACAGAACCAACCUGUCCACCAGGAGGCCAGACCGUACUUUGGGACCAUCUGGGCCUCAGUCCUGAGCACUGGUAGGCUGACACAAGCUUUGGGACAACCUGAACUUGUACCCAACUGUGUCAGAAACCACGCCGCCUCACCAAUAAUGACGAUCUGACACCAACUCUGGGACCCCUAAGCCCUGCAACCAGACUCCAGGACUCAGCUCUCCCUGACAGUAUUCUGGCACUAACCCCAGGACCUGGCUUUACCACCAGUAGUUGGGCCACAGCCGCAGAGUCUUCUAGUCUUGAGUCCACCCACCAGGGAGCCAGCUCUAGCCCCAGGGCCCAUGGAGUUCUGCAGUACGCUGCCCUGUGACCAGGCCCCAGUAACCAGCAGCCAACAGCCUCUAUACAAGGAAGUGCCUGGUAAAUAAACAGACCAGGGUCAACCAAGCCUAUCAAAUCACCCACAUAGCCCGCCACAACAAAAGAACCACACAGCCCUCAUGAGGGGAGUCCCCAGAGCAUGCAGCUUGGACCACAAGAGGGGCAUGCACUGCUGGGAUGCACAGGACAUCUCCUGUAGAAAGCCAUUUCUCCAAGGUUAAGAAAUACAACUUAGAUACCAGAUGCAUAAAAAUAUAAACAGCAACUUAGGCAAAAUGGGAUGCCAGAAGAACAUGCUCCAGAUGAAGGAACAAGAUUAAACCUCAGAAGAAGAACUAAGUGAAGUGGUGAAAAAAAGAAAAAAGAACUAUGUGAAGUGAAAAUAGGCAAUCUACCUGAGAAAAAGUUCAGGGUAGCAAUCAUGCAUGCUUGUGUGCUAAGUUGCUUCAGUGGUGUCUGACUCUUUGCUACCCUAUGGACCGCAGCCCCCCAGGCUCCUCUGUCCAUCAGAUUUUUCAGGCAAGAAUGCCGGAGUGGAUUUCCAUGCCCUCCUCCAAGGGAUCUUCCCCACCCAGGGAUCAAACCUGAGUCUCCUGCAUUGGCUGGUAGGUUCUUUUUAGUGCUAGCACCACCUGGGAAGCCCAGUGAUCAUAACAAUGAUCAAAGAACUUGGGGGAAGAAUGGAUGCAGAGAGUGAGAAGUUAGAAGUCUUUAACAAAGAAUUAGAAAGUAAAAAAGAAAACCCCCAAAGAGAUGACAAAUACAACAAAUAAAAUGAAAAAUACACUAGAAGGAAUCAACAGAAUAAAUGACAGAGGAAUGGGUCAGCCAUUUGGAAGGAGGUAAUAGAAAUAACUGAUGCCCAACUCUCUCUCUGGUCCAUGGUCCCCUCUGGAAGACUCCCAUAGCAGAUACCCUUCUUUAUUUGAAGAACUGUGCUUCCAGCUUCGUCCUGGGUCGAACCCCUGACUGUCCAAAAGUGGGGACUGGCGAGGUCCUUAACUUGUUUUUUGGGCCCAAGAUUCUUCUCCCAACACCUCCCAACUGAUCUUUGGCUUACCCAGGGUCCUGCUGGAAAAAUGUUUUCUCGAUGAUCUUCUCCAUCACUUAUGUAAGGACAUAAGUUUUUCAGCCACCUUGUGCAUUGCCAUCAAAUUGACAAAAGUCCAUUAUAUAGAACAGAAAUUUCUCA